GUGGCUCACGUUUCCGUGGUCACCGUGACAUCGGUUCGCCGUUCGUUUCCUGCUGCAUAGAAGAGCGGCGUCGAGACCGACUGGAAAGAUUGAACACCUCCUCCUAAAAUAACUACACCAUACAAUGAAACUGUUAGCAAUAUCUCCCUCCCUUGCUAUCCGCUUCGUCACGGUUAUACUGCCGAUGAUGGGACUCUCUACUCCAGGACAAGCAGAAAUAACCAGUUUGGACUCGGGGAACAUCGAUGAUGUCCUAAAUAAUGCUGGGGUGGCAUUAGUGAAUUUUUAUGCUGACUGGUGUAGAUUCAGUCAGAUGCUUCAUCCAAUCUUUGAGGAGGCGUCAAACAUAGUGAGGGAGGAGUUUCCUGACACCAAACAGGUGGUGUUUGCACGCGUCGACUGCGACCAACAUUCGGACAUCGCUCAGCGCUACCGCAUCACCAAGUAUCCAACGCUGAAGCUGUUCCGCAAUGGGAUGAUGAUGAAGCGGGAGUACAGGGGUCAAAGGUCGGUGACGGCAAUCGCUGACUUCAUCCGCCAGCAGCAGGUGGACCCAGUCAAAGAAAUGCACUCACUGGAGGACCUUAACACGGUGGAUAGGAGCAAAAGAAACAUCAUAGGUUUCUUUGAAAAGAAGGACUCUGAUAACUAUCACACAUAUGAAAAGGUUUCCAAUAUCCUUCGCGAUGACUGCACCUUCUUAGCUGCCUUUGGUGCUGUGUCUGAGCCCGAGCGCUUCAGUGGAGACAACGUCAUCUACAAACCUGUUGGUGAGAACAUUCCUGACAUGGUCUACCUCGGCUCGCUCACCAACUUUGACCUGACGUACGCUUGGGCGCAGGACAAGUGUGUGCCUCUGGUCAGGGAGAUCACCUUUGAAAAUGGAGAGGAGCUGACAGAAGAAGGGAUCCCUUUCCUCAUCCUGUUCCAUGUUAAAGAGGACCCUGAUAGUUUAGAGAAGUUCCAACAUGAAGUUGCCCGUCAGCUGAUCAGCGAGAAAGGGUCUAUAAACUUCCUUCAUGCGGACUGUGACAAGUUCCGCCAUCCUCUGCUCCACAUUCAGAAAACUCCAGCUGACUGUCCCGUCAUUGCCAUAGACUCAUUCAGACACAUGUAUGUCUUCCCUGACUUCAAAGACCUCUCCAUUCCUGGCAAGCUGAGACAGUUUGUUUUGGAUCUCCACUCCGGUAAGCUCCACAGAGAGUUCCACCAUGGCCCUGAUCCCACAGACAGCACGCCUGGACAGGAGGAUACCGGGGGAGAAGCAGUGAGCAGUCAUCCAGAGAGCUCAUUUCAGAAGCUUGCACCCAGCGAGACACGCUACACCAUCCUCAGAAGGGACCGCGAUGAGCUGUGACCUAAACAGCCUUCCAGUGAUCCUGUGACUCAAUGCCACGCCCCGGGGUCAGGGAGGGGGUUAGGGUUGGGACAGGCCAGCGGGACAGAACAGUAACACCCAACACCCUUACUGAAGAAAUUGAGGUAGAGAUGAGGAUAAUGAAGACAAAAAAAAAGGAUUAGAAAAGAAGACCAUGAUGUGGAGGAGAAUUCAGACCAUGACACAACCAUGUUGGAAUUACCUAUAUUUUCAUAACUCUUUCACAUUUUUUAUUUUGAAUUAAGAGGAGGUGGGGAGAAGAAAAUGUGUGGGGGGGCAGGGAUUGGGGUGGGGACUUUAGGACAUUAAAAGACGUUACUUUUUUUUUUUUUUGGAGGUUGUAAAUAUUUUUGUGCUACGUUGGAAUCACAAUGUUGGUCUAAAUUAAAUGCAGAGUUUUCUUUAUUUUAUUGAUUUUAUUUUCGGUCACCCUGAACAGAACAGUGUCCUCACUCCAGUUGUACGGUUCUUUUCUGUGAGUAGUCCAGUUCAGCUUGUCUGGGCGGAGAUGCUUGUUUUUAGUCUCGCUGACCUCAAGGUUGCAUCUCAAUGUGACCAGUUUUACUCUCAUUCAGUCGCAUAGCACAAGUUAUAUCAAUUUACCCUUUGGAAGGAGCUUGACCUCCAUACCUUCAUUCACACAAUGAACAGGAAAAAACUUGACAGGGGCAACAACAUUUAUAAUUGAGAUGGAAGAUAAUGAGACUGAGCUGCACCAGCCUGUUAUGAUGCACCCUACUCUCUCUGGUACUGUUUGUAUCAUAGCUAUGAAUUACGAUGUCACCCACCGUUCCCAUAAAAGUAAUCCUGAUCUUUUUAUGUUUGACUUUAUCUGCAAUAUUGUGUCACAGUGGCUGUGAUUAAGUCUGUUUUCCCAUCACCAAUUCAGUUUUUGAAGUUUUAGGGGGCGUGGUCAUCAUUUUGAAGCUUUUGUUCAGUGUCAGCCGAGCACAGCACAACACCUCAAGCCCAGCACCCCCACCGACAAGUCUGGUGGCGGCAUCAUCAGGCUGUGUGGACACCUUUUUUCAGCAGGCCCCGAACUGCCCCGUUUUGGGUAGAGCAGGUCAAACACAUGCAACAUGAAUACUUUGACUGCUGGCCCGUUCAGGGUGCCUCUUGUUAAACGUCAUCUGGGGUAGGCUACAGCCCCACCCCUGAUUGGAGCAGCUGAGGGGUAAUGGGGUGUAGCUGACGGAAGAACAAAUCCCAUUUUUUAAAUCAGAAAACUUUGUUUUUGAUCCAAGAUCAGUUUGAUUUGAACUUGAAAUCCAAGAGCCUUACUCUGUUGAUCAAUGUUUCAAAGCCUUUAUCCACAAGUAAGAUGGUAAAAUACUAAAAUCACAGAAUUCCGGGAACCCAGUUACAACACCACCUUUGAGUUAUGUCCUCAGGACCCAAAACGGAAUAGAAAAUUCUUCUAAAAAUGUACUUUAUCAUCUCCAUGUAUUUAUGUAACAGUUAUUUUUGUGGUUACCUGUUUUUGUGUAAAAUGCUGGGUGAGAAAAAGACUGGCUUUCCAUGUGUUUUAAAGGGCGAUGGGCAGAAACCCAUGUUUGAUGGUGGAAGUUAAGUUUGUCACUUUAUACAAGUUUUCUUAAAACCAGUUUCGUCUCUUUAUAUGUCUUUGAAGUUUUGGUACAAGUCUUGAUUCCUGAGUAUCCACAAGUGGAAUUCAGACUAUAAGUAUGGGGACCCAUUUCUACUUCAAUAGAGGCCAAGACAUACCUGCAUUGUGACAUAUCUGCCCGCAUACAGAGCAGUGAGGGGAGUGUGAUGCCAUUUCUUCAUUUCAGAGGAGAACAAAAGUUAAAAAAAUGAAAAAAGUAAAUUAAAAACAUUUUACAGA